UCAGUUAGCGCCUAACAGUGUUCCGAUGAGGAACAUCCAAACAUUUGAUUGCAGCUUCUGGUGUGAUUAGAAACCAUCAACAUGUACGCAAAGAUGCUGUGGAAUUGCUUGCUAGUAGUGUGGAUUGCAACCAGCUCGGUAGUUCAAGGCAAGAGAAUUUCUCAGAUCAAAUGCGAAGAGUACAUAAAUUCCACCAGGACAACCGUCAGCGUAAUUUCCCUAAUAUUAAAUCCAACGCCCGUCGAGUUCUCAUCGUACAACUGUUCGAAAACGGUGGAUCUCAUAGUCGGUGGUGAAGAUGCUAAAAGCGGGGAAUUUCCCCAUCAAGCUCUGCUUGGCUGGAGUACGAACGAAACGGGCGUCUACUUGUUUGAUUGUGGCGGAACGAUCAUCAGCGACCGAUAUGUACUGACGGCAGCUCAUUGUGCUUCUAAGGCGAACCAUCCAAUGCCGGCACCGGUGAUCGUGCGGUUUGCCGAGUUGGAUCUGACAAAGGAUGAGGACGAGUUUGACAUUGCGAUUGAAUCGAUCAAACGGCAUCCUGAUCACCGUUUUCGUCACUCCUACCAUGAUAUAGCGUUGGUGCGUUUGGCGGAACGUUUGCGAUUUUCGGCCCUGGUUCGACCUGCCUGUUUGUGGACCGAUGAAAAUACGAAUCCUUCAUCGGUCAUAGCUACAGGUUUUGGGCGAAUGGAUGUUGCAGAUGAUCAUGGUUCGGACACGCUACGUAAGGUGCAGUUGGAUGUUCAGGACUUGAGCAAUUGCGACAAGCAAUUUUUGGGGACCAGGAGUUUUCCCACUGGGAUGACCGAAAAUCAGCUAUGCAUUGGAAGCUCCGGUGGUGGUAAAGACACAUGCCAGGGUGAUUCGGGUGGUCCCAUUCAAACGUUGGCAAAUCGAAAGUGGUGCAUCUACCAUGUGCUGGCGGUGACGUCCAUUGGGUCUGCCUGUGGUAGCGAGUUGCCAGCAGUUUACACUAAGGUCGCUAGUUAUCUGGAUUGGAUUGAGGGAAUCGUUUGGAGAUCGAGCUGAUCAAUCGCUGAUGUUGUAAGUUUCAGAUAGAAAAUGAAUUUGGGGAAUCAUAAAUUGCUACUGAUCAUAUUUUUUUAUUUCUUUUUGUACAAAAUAUGCAGUUGGAGUAAUUUGGUUUCAAACAUAUUUGCCUAUCUUGUGUAGUAAUAUUGCCUGAACAAAUAUAGUUCUCCUUUCCUUUC